AUUCAUCCGAAUGUCAAUCUGUUUGUUUUGAUUUGGUUAAUUAUUGAAUCGGUUGUUUAAUUUAUUGUUUCAUUUGGUGAAGUCAUUUUUUUUUCUUCUAUUGGUGAUUGUUAGGUGUCUUUCGACACGAAAUCAAAAUGGGUUCUCUCUUACGUAGUGAAGAAAUGAGUCUCUGUCAACUGUUUCUCCAAUCUGAAGCUGCUUAUUUAUGUGUUGCUGAACUUGGUGAAUUAGGCUUAGUACAAUUUCGUGAUCUUAAUCCGGAUGUUAAUGCAUUCCAAAGGAAAUUUGUAUUGGAGGUUCGUCGCUGUGAUGAAAUGGAAAGAAAAUUGAGAGUCCUUGAAAAGGAAAUUAAAAAAGAUGAGAUUCCAAUAUCAGAUAUGGGAGAUAUUCCUGAUGCUCCAUUACCAAGAGAAAUGAUUGAAUUGGAAACAACAUUCGAGAAACUUGAAAACGAAUUGAAAGAAGUUAAUUCUAAUGCUGAAGCUCUUAAGAAAACUUAUCUUGAAUUAACUGAAUUGAAACAUAUUCUCAAAAAAACUCAACAAUUUUUCGAUGAGAUUGCACCCGAUUUCCCUCCUUUACUCACUUCCCUACCUACAUCUAUGAGCUACCGUACUUUAUAUGAAGCUGAUUGUGAAAGUCAAAUAUCACAGAUACAAGAAACUGGAAUGGGUGACGAAUCGACUCAACUUCUUGGAGAGGAGGGAUUACGAGCUGGUGGACAAGCACAAAUGAAAUUAGGAUUCUUAGCUGGUGUUAUCUUGCGAGAGCGUUUACCUGCUUUUGAGCGGAUGUUAUGGAGAGUUUGCUUAGGUAAUGUCUUCCUACGUCAGGCCGAAAUUGAGAAACCAUUGGAAGAUCCAGUUACCGGUGAUAAUGUCUACAAAUCGGUGUUCAUUAUUUUCUUUCAAGGAGAACAAUUAAAAUCUCGAGUUAAAAAGAUUUGUGAAGGAUUUAGGGCAACUCUUUAUCCAUGUCCAGAAACAGCAGCUGAUCGGAGGGAAAUGAUUGCUGGUGUUGUUGCUCGAAUUGAUGAAUUAAACACCGUUCUCAAGCAAACAACUGAACAUCGUCAUCGUGUAUUAGUUGCUGCUGCUAAGCAUAUCAAAAAUUGGAUUAUUAAAGUUAGGAAAAUCAAAGCGAUCUAUUUAACAUUGAAUAUGUUCAAUUUGGAUCUUACCCGAAAAUGUUUGAUCGCUGAAUGCUGGUGUCCAGUCGAUGAUAUGGAACGAAUUCAUAUAGCAUUGAGAAGAGGAACAGAUCGAAGUGGAUCAUCUGUUCCGUCGAUUUUGAACCGAAUGGACACUAAAGAAAUACCACCAACAUUCAAUCGAACCAAUAAAUAUACUCAAGGUUUCCAAAACUUAGUCAAUGCCUAUGGAGUUGCAGCUUAUCGGGAAAUUAAUCCAGCUCCAUUUACUAUAAUUACUUUUCCAUUUCUGUUCGCUGUUAUGUUCGGUGAUGCAGGUCAUGGCUUGUUGAUGACACUUAUCGCUCUCUGGAUGGUUCUCAAAGAGCAAGGAAUCGCCGUUCAGGCCAAAUCGAAUGAAAUAUUCAACACCUUCUUCGGAGGUAGAUACUUGAUCCUUCUGAUGGGAAUCUUUUCCAUCUACACUGGUCUCAUUUAUAAUGACAUUUUCUCCAAAUCAUUAAAUCUCUUUGGAUCUUCUUGGAGAGCAUCACCAUUACCCAAGGAAGGUCUUUACAAGGAGAGUAUGAUGUUGGACCCACAGAGACAAUUUUCAGGUUCACCUUAUUGGUUUGGUAUGGAUCCAAUUUGGCAAGUCUCUGGAAAUAAAAUCUUAUUCUUGAAUUCGUAUAAGAUGAAACUUUCUGUUCUUCUUGGAGUUGGUCAAAUGGUCUUUGGUAUUGUCCUUGGUUUCUACAAUCAUCGUUAUUUUAAUAAUCGUCUCAAUAUCCUGUGUGAAUUUGUGCCACAAAUUAUUUUCCUCUUAUCCAUCUUUGGUUAUCUCAACAUUCUCAUCUUAUCCAAAUGGAUUUCAUACGAUUCCUCGAAAUCAGGAUGUGCCCCAUCACUUUUAAUCACACUGAUCAACAUGUUUCUCUACAAGUAUCCCGAUGCUCCUUGUUCGUUAGCACCAAUGUACUGGGGGCAACAAUUUUUCCAAACUGUUCUCCUGAUGGUCGCCAUUGCUUGUGUUCCAUGGAUGUUAUGUAUCAAACCCUAUUUUCUCAAGAAACAAAAUGACGCUCGUCGAAUGGCUGCUUUAAAUUUUAAUAACAGUGAAAAUUACAAUGGUGAAGGUGAAGUCUCAGUUUCCAUGGAAAAUGCUGAUACUCAAGUUACCGGUGGAUUAGGACAUGAUGCUGAAUUUGAUCUUGCAGACAUAAUCAUCCAUCAGAUUAUUCACACAAUUGAAUGUUGCUUAGGAUCCAUUUCCCAUACCGCUUCUUACCUUCGACUUUGGGCUUUAAGUUUGGCUCACGCUCAGUUGAGUGAAGUCCUAUGGAAUAUGGUUCUUAGAAUUGGUCUGACGGGUGAAAAGAUCGCUGGAGGAUUCACAAUGUAUUUCAUUUUCGCAGCAUGGGCUUGUUUAACUGUCGCUGUUCUUUUACUCAUGGAGGGUUUGAGCGCUUUCCUUCAUGCUCUCAGAUUACAUUGGGUUGAAUUUCAAAGCAAAUUCUAUAAAGGUGAUGGAUACAUUUUCCAACCAUUUUCAUUUGAAGUCAUUCUCAGUACCGAUAAUGAAGAAAUCUCUUAAUUUAAUUACGAUACAUUAACAAUCAAAAAUUCUGGUCAUAUUUUUGUUUUAAUUGUUCAUUUUUAUCGUUAAAACUCAUGCUUUUAAUUUAAUCAUUUAUUUAAUUGUUUGACGAAAAAUUCAGUGUUUUUAUUGGCAUUUAUUGUGUUUCAACCAAAAACAAUUACAAGGCAAUUAAAGUUUUCCUUAACUGUCUCUGUAAACCACAUAAUUAUUAUACUAGUAUUAUUAACAUUGAUAUUAGAAGUCGAUAAACAAUAAAGAAAAAUAUACAUGUAUUAGCUAAUUAUAGCUAAUUACUCAUUUUAA